GAAAGAUGUUUAAACGUUCUGAUCGAGAGUGGAAGUAAAAAUAAAACAACAAUGGGUUUAAUUGAUCGAUUCAUUCUUAUUCAAUGAAUCAGCGUAGAUAUAAACAAAAAUAAUGAAUAAUGAACACCUUUGUAUAAGACAGUAAGCCAUGCCAUGACCACACAGGUAUUCCUCCUCAGCCAGCGUCAGUGACAUGAAAAGGUUAUCCACAACCGAACAUUUUAGAAUGGAUUUGAUUGUUGCUACAAUUCUUCUAAGUUUAUUUAUUCAUUUCUUUGACAAGUAUUUUAAGGAAAAAACCAUAAAUGGGAUUUAUCAAGUUUAUUUAGCUUGUAGUAAAAAUGAAGAGUUAAAGAAAAACAAAGAUAUUUUCAGAGAACUCUUAGCUUUGAAGAAAGAGUUAAAUCGCACAAGCAGUCAAGAUGAAUUUGCCAAAUGGGCUCGUUUGAACAGAAAAUACGAAAAGCUAAAUCAAGAGUGGGAAGCACAAUCCAACGUUGUCCAAAAGUUUCAAGAAACAUUUAAAAAGUUUGUUAGUAUCGUUCUCUGGAUACUGACUAGAGGAUUCCGAUUCUACAUUCAAUACAAGAAAUCUAAAGCACCUGUUUUUUUCUUACCAGCGUUUUUACUUCCUUCUUGGGCUUUAUGGUUUUUAUCUCUUCCACGAUCUAAAUAUGGUUCAGUCAGCUUGACGGUAUGGAACUAUGCAGUUGGAAAGACGAUCUCUGCUUUUCUCUAAUACAUUAAUUCUACCAAUGGUUUCGAUUUUACCACAUAUCACUCAUAUUUCUGAGACAACACAUGGCAGUCGUCGCAGUUAUUGAAGGUUUCCAGUAUUUUUAUUCUCGGCAAGUCAUGUCUAUAAACCUAAUGUUGGAAAAUAAUCCGUUUUCAUUCCAGAUGAAUGAAUUAUUCUGUGUAACUCAAAUUUACGAAUGAAUCAUAUCUUAUAUUAACAUUUAUGCCAUGUUAGAAUGCUUUUGUAGAUUCACCAGAGCAGCACAAAAUACACAUAUACUUUCUCUUUUCAAUUCUUAAGUUCAGGUCUUUAAUUUACUUUUGAUUCAACCUCUCAUCAAAGAAUUCCUAACUGUA